AUGGAUGAGCAGCAAGAAAGCGAGGAUCUAGCCGUGGAAAUCCUCAAAAGUUUUAUCGAUACUCUCCCAGCUGAUGUGUACGCAAUCAAAGUCUCUCCACAAGGGAAUUUGAUUUCCAUGUCCAACGACCCCGAAGAUGACGAAACCUCUUGCGUGCAUUAUCCGCCUCUAGAGGAAAUUCAACGUCCUGAGGGUAUCAGAACAAUCAUUCGUUCUGAGCUAAAGGAAAUUAAUCGACUCGGUCCCGACACUGAUCUUAAAGUCGUCUUCAAAUACUACUUUAUUUUCCAGUUCAUUCAAAGGGUUUGGAAUGAACUGAAUCUGUGGAUGCGUCUCCCUCGGCACCCAAAUAUUGUUCCUUUCGAUCGGCUGGUGGUGGAUGAACUUAAGGGCCGCGUUGUUGGGUUCACAAGUGUAUAUAUUCCUGGCGGAACACUUGAAGAUAACCAAUCCCGCGUGUUCAAACUCAGAUGGUUUGAGCAGUUGACUAAUGUCGUGGACGUUCUCAAUCUGAAGCACGGCAUCAUGCAUCAAGAUAUUGCGACAAGGAAUUUACUAGUCGACCCGUCGACAGACAACCUGCAGCUAUUUGACUUCAACUUCUCGGGCCGCAUCGGAGGUCCCUGCUAUAUCGAAACUCGGAACGAUGUCAAUGGUGUUAUAUUCACACUGUACGAGAUCAUUACUCGCGAUGGCCAUUUUAGGCAGGUGCCCAACGAGGAACAGAACCCGGAUGAUGUUCAAGGGCUGUCCAGAUGGCCCAAGCAUCCAGAGGUACAGCUCGAUCAUCCGGUGUCGGAAUAUCGAUCAUAUCUCAAUCGUUGGGUGAAAAAGAGGCGGGAAGAGAGAGGUAUUUCUGUUUAUACUGAAGCGCCGGAGCCAAUCGACUGGCCUCCGCUCCAAACUCCGAGAAGAGAGUACACCGCCGUUGAUAAGAAAGGAAAUGAAAUUGUCCAGCUGGAAACGGAUUGGAGUAGAUUACGCCGCAACGAGAGAAAGAAAGGCAACAUCACGCUGGAAUGGCAACGCCCACCGCGGAACAAAGUUUUGCAAGAUGAUAGGAGUUAAGUGACAAUAACAAAUCACAAGACAACAGUGGAAAGGUCACCGAAAUAAUGUCUCC